AUGGCGGGGCUGGCGCGCGUGCUGGUGCACGUGCGGCGCGGCGGGCGGGGGGCCCGCGCGGUUCGGGCAGGGCAGAGCGUCACCGGCACGUUCUGCCCCGCGCACGAGGACGCGGCAGUGGUGAGCUGCGGCCUGGACCGCGGCUGCUUCCUCCUCUCGGACGUGGCCUUCCCCGGCUCCACCACCGCCCUCCUCAAGCGACCCUCCUUCUGCCCCGCCAAGCGCCUGGGGGAGCAGCCGGAGAUCGCCCUCCCCGCCGAGCUGCGGGGCCGGGGGGUGGCCGCGGGGGUGGCCGUGCUGCUGCAGGCCAGCACCGGCCGCAUCCUGCUCACCCGCCGCGCCAGCACCCUCAGCAUCUUCCCCAACGUCUGGGUGCCGCCCGGUGGGCACGUGGAGCCGGAUGAAGAGCUGCUGGACGUGGGGCUGCGGGAGCUGGAGGAGGAGACGGGGCUGCGCCUGGAAGCGGGGACCUUCUCCUGGAGGAUGCUCGGCCUCUGGGAGUCUAUCUACCCGCCCAUGCUGAGCCGGGGGCUGCCGCGCCGCCACCACGUCGUCAUCUACCUGCUGCUCCUCUCCGCCGAGCCCCACCAGCGGCUGGAGGCCAGGAUGCGUCCCAGCGAGAGCGAGGUGAGCGCCUACGCCUGGCUGGAGCCCCCCGUCCUGGAGGCCAUCGCAGCCACGGAGGACGGAGCGGAGAGGUCGGGCGACGUCCCCAGCGCGUUGCCGGCCACCGUCGGCAUCACAGAGCUGAGCAACGGCUCCUCCAGCACCACCCGGGUCCCCACCGCGACCUUCCUGAACACGGCGCCAGCCGAAGGGGAGGACGUGGAACGGGUCAGCACCGGCACCAAGUUUGCCCUUCGGCUCUGGCUGGAUUCCCUCGGGGAGCAGGGGCGAGUCCGGCCCUAGGGCAGCCUCGCGCCGCCCCUGCAGCCACCGGGGAAGGGAAUAAAGUCACUGCCCGCGGGGACCAGGGUCCGUGUUGCAGUGGGACGGGGGUCU